AUUCCUAAUUUUUUUUCUUUUCUAUUAUGUGAUAUUAUAACCGUGUUUCUUCUUUCCCAUUUCAUUUCAUAAUUUAAGUAAGGAUGUAACAGGUAGGUAUAACUAUAUACUUCAUACUUUCUAGCAGUAACAACAGAAGAUUAGAUACACAUGAAUACAUGAUGCAAUAAAAUGUCACAAAAGCUUCUAGAAUGAAAAAAAAAGAAAGAAUAAAGAAAAGAUGGCACACAUUAAUCAUUAGUGGCUCAUGGCUAUAAAAUCCCUCUAUAUGUGAUCCAUCCAAUGCAAUCUCCCACAUCAGCCACAGCGUUAAACGCUUUUGGCUGUCACUCGCACAAACAACUCGCGGGCGCCCACCACCAUGGCGCCCAUGGCGGAGCCCGUCGCCGCCGCGCCAGCGCCGCCGCACUUCGUCAUCGUCCCCCUCCCGGCGCAGGGCCACACCAUCCCCAUGGCCGACCUCGCGCGCCUCCUCGCGGAGCGCGGCGCCCGCGCCAGCCUCGUCGUCACGCCCGUGAACGCCGCGCGCCUGCGGGGCGUCGCCGGCCUCGCCGCGCGCGCCAAGCUGCGCCUCGAGAUCGUCGAGGUGCCGUUCCCCGCCGACUCCGGCCUGCCGCCGGGCGUCGAGAACGUCGACCAGAUCACCGACUACGGCCACUUCCUGCCGUUCUUCCUCGCGCUGAAAGAGCUCGCCGGCCCGCUCGAGGCGUACCUGCGCGCGCAGGCGGUGCGGCCGAGCUGCGUCAUCUCCGACUGGUCCAACUCGUGGACGGCCGGCGUCGCGCGGCGCGUCGGCAUCCCGCGGCUGUUCUUCCAUGGGCCCUCGUGCUUCUACUCUCUCUGCGACAUCAACGCCGCCACGCACGGGCUGCAGCAGCAGGACGACACCGAGAGGUACCUCGUGCCGGGCAUGCCGGUCCGCGUGGAGGUGACCAUGGGGACGCGGCCGGGGUUCUUGAAUUCGGCAGGGUUUGAGGCACUCAAAGAUGCGGCCAUGGAGGCCAUGCGCACGGCCGACGGCGCGGUGGUGAACACGUUCACGGACCUCGAGGACGAGUUCAUCGCGUGCUACGAGGUCGCGCUCGGCAAGCCGGUCUGGACGCUGGGGCCGUUCUGCCUCUGCAACCGGGACGACGACGCCAUGGCGUCACGCGGGAACAAGCUUGGCAUCGACCAGAGCGCGGUCACCGCGUGGCUCGACGCCAUGGACACCGACUCCGUCAUCUACGUCAACUUCGGCAGCCUCGCACGGAAGGUUCCCAAGUACCUGUACGAGGUCGGCCAUGGCCUGGAGGACUCCGGCAAGCCGUUCGUCUGGGUGGUGAAGGAGUCGGAGGUCUCCACGCCGGAGGUGCAAGAAUGGCUGUCCGCCCUGGAGGCGCGGGCGGCGGGGCGCGGCCUGGUGGUGCGCGGCUGGGCGCCGCAGCUCGCCAUCCUGUCGCACCGCGCCGUCGGCGGCUUCGUCACCCACUGCGGCUGGAACUCGCUGCUGGAGUCCGUCGCCCACGGCGUGCCGGUCGUGACAUGGCCGCACUUCUCCGACCAGUUCCUGAACGAGCGGCUGGCCGUGGACGUGCUCGGAGUCGGCGUGCCGAUCGGCGUGACGGCGCCCGUGCUGCUGUUCGGGGACGAGGCCAUGCGGUUCGGGAGAGCGGACGUCGCGCGGGCGGUGUCGGCGCUGAUGGACGGCGGCGAGGAGGCCGACGAGAGGAGGAGGAGGGCCAAGGUGUACGGCGAGAAAGCUCGGAGAGCCAUGGAGAAAGGAGGCUCCUCGUAUGAAAGCCUGACACAGCUGAUACAAAGCUUCACCCUGCAGGGAGGCAAACAGCACUAGAACAGUGUAGCAUAAGCUCUUUUGGAAGAUGCAUUUGUGAUUUUGGGAAAAAGCCAAACGGUAUAUUGUAUAAAUAUAUAAAAAUAAUUUGU